AGGGGAGAAGAAGGAGGCGGAGGAGGAGGAAAAAGAAGAAGAAGAAGAAACAGCAGCGGCCGCUGCCGCCGCGGCAGAAAAGAAAGCAAAAGCCGCCCGAGGGCUCGGAGCCGGCGGCGCGGCAUCCGCGGGGCUGCGCGGCGCGGCCAUGGCCCGCGAGAACGGGGACGGCGGCGGCUCCUGGAAGAAGCAGGCGGAGGACAUCAAGAAGAUCUUCGAGUUCAAGGAGACGCUGGGGACGGGUGCAUUCUCUGAAGUUGUUCUGGCUGAAGAGAGAGCGAGUGGGAAACUCUUUGCAGUCAAAUGCAUUCCCAAGAAGGCACUGAAGGGGAAGGAAAGCAGCAUAGAGAAUGAAAUUGCAGUGCUGAGAAAGAUCAAGCAUGAAAAUAUAGUUGCUCUGGAAGACAUCUAUGAGAGUCCAAACCAUUUAUAUUUGGUCAUGCAGUUAGUGUCUGGGGGAGAGCUCUUUGACCGCAUUGUGGAGAAGGGCUUCUACACAGAGAAGGACGCCAGCACGCUGAUCCGGCAGGUCCUGGACGCUGUGUACUACCUGCACCGCAUGGGCAUCGUGCACAGGGACCUCAAGCCUGAGAACCUGCUUUACUACAGCCAGGAUGAGGAGUCAAAAAUCAUGAUCAGUGACUUUGGCUUGUCGAAGAUGGAGGGUAAAGGAGAUGUGAUGUCCACAGCCUGUGGCACUCCUGGCUAUGUUGCUCCUGAAGUGCUGGCCCAGAAGCCCUACAGCAAAGCCGUGGACUGCUGGUCCAUCGGGGUCAUCGCCUACAUCCUGCUCUGUGGAUAUCCCCCUUUCUAUGAUGAAAACGACUCCAAGCUCUUUGAGCAGAUCCUUAAGGCAGAGUAUGAGUUUGACUCUCCAUACUGGGAUGACAUCUCAGAGUCUGCUAAAGACUUCAUUCGGAAUUUGAUGGAGAAGGACCCCAAUAAAAGAUACACCUGUGAGCAAGCAGCGCGGCACCCUUGGAUUGCUGGAGACACAGCACUCAACAAAAACAUCCACGAGUCGGUCAGCGCUCAGAUCCGGAAGAACUUUGCAAAAAGCAAAUGGAGACAAGCGUUCAACGCCACGGCGGUGGUGCGGCACAUGCGGCGGCUGCACCUGGGCAGCAGCCUGGACAGCGCCAGCGCCAGCGUCUCCAGCACCCUCAGCCUGGCCACGCCGCUCCCCGACACGGCCACGCGCAAAGAUUCUUUGAUUGUUGAUUUUUACCUCCAGAGUCACAGAGGCCAUCUCUGAUGCCAACAGCAGUGCUCUUGCUGGGAAAACAAAACAAACAAACAAAAAAAUCCAGAAAAGCUCCAGCUGGCCCCUUAGCCUGCAGAAGAAGUUGUGAGGACAGGCUGCCCAUGAACUCUGCGAGCUGAAAGUCAGUAUUGCAGUGGCAAGGGCUUCUGCUGAUGAUUUUGCAUGUGACUCCAUUCCCAGUGCAUCCUAACUCUCUGCUGGAUCACCCCUUCUGCAGCACAAAAUGGAUUUUGGCCCUGCAACACAGCUGGUGGGGAAGUAGGAGUGUGGGGAAAACCUGGCAGUGUUGCUUUCCUGGGACCCUGGGACUGUGUCACUCUGUGUCACUCUGCUGCUGCUGCUCUCUCCUCUGUCCUGGUUGCUGUUGUACAGGUGCCAUUAGAGUAGUGGGUACA